GCCCUCGCGCCUGGUUUGAAGACUGGUCCCGCCUGCUGCCCCUGAGCACCGGCGGGUUUCCGCUCAUGGCGCGGGGUUCUGAAAGUAGGAGGGACACCUGAACGCUCCGCGAGACCCAAGGAGCAGAGAGGAGGGAGUCAGAGGCGGGCCUGACGCCCGCUCAGACCUCCCGGAGAAUUGUCGCAGAGGUGGCGGACUUUGAUCUGGGCCUCGAAGAGGAAGAAUUUGAGAAAAGCAGGUGAGGCCUUCCAGGAGAUUUUUGGGAAAUCAUGAGUUACUUCUGUUCAAGCAUUGAGAGGCAAAAUGACCAAAGUGGAAAAGGAUGAACCUCCUUUUCCUUUCUGGGAAUAUAUCAUUUGCCAUUGAGUUUGUGUUGCAAAAUUUUCUGCAAGAAUUCAAGAGAAUAUUUAUUGAUCCGAUAAGCACAAGUACUAAAAAGGCAUUGCCAGAGUGCUAAUUGACAGAAAUCUUACAUGGGUUAGGAUUUAGUUUCCCUGUAACUUCUAAACCAAUGGAGAGAAAAUGGGAAGCAAAACUGAAGAAAAUUGAAGAACGAGCAUCUCGUUAUGAGCGGAAACCGUUGCCCUCGGUAUACAGACCAAGAUUGUCCAAGCUAGAAGAACCACCCUCCAUUUGGAAACUAUUCCAUCGGCAAACUCAGGCUUUUAAUUUUGUUAAAAGCUGUAAAGAGGAUGUUCACGUAUUUGCUUUGGAAUACAAAGUGGGCGAUGGGCAACGUAUUUAUCUGGUGACAACCUAUGCUCAACUUUGGUUUUAUUAUAAAUCCCGGAAAAAUCUCUUACACUGCUAUGAAGUCAUUCCUGAAAAUGCUGUGUGCAAGCUUUAUUUUGAUUUGGAAUUUAACAAACUUGCCAAUCCAGAAGCUGAUGGAAAAAAGAUGGUUGCAUUACUCAUUGAGCAUGUUUGUAAAGCACUUCAAGAGCUAUACAGGGUUAAUUGUUCACCCGAAGAUGUUUUCAACUUGGAUUCCAGCACUGAUGAAAAAUUUAGCCGUCAUCUAAUAUUUCAGCUUCAUGAUGUGGCAUUUAAAGAUAACAUUCAUGUUGGUAAUUUUGUGAGAAAAAUUUUGCAGCCUGCUUUUCAUUUAAUUGGCAGGGAAGAUGACGGUAGUACUUCAGAGACCACGGGCCAUGAAUUUUCCCGUUUUCCUGAAACGCCAAUUAAACAAGGAAUUUCCUGUAGCAAAAUGUCCUCAGAUACAGACAGAGGAGAGAGCUGGGCCUGGAAUUCAAAGGAACGGGAGAGCCCGGGCUCAGCUAAGCUGAGCAGUCCUGACCUAUCAUUUUUAGUUGUGAAGAAUAACGUAGGAGAAAAGCAUCUUUUCGUAGACCUCGGAGUUUAUACAAGAAAUAGAAACUUCCGGCUGUAUAAGUCAUCGAAGAUAGGGAAGCAGGUGGCUUUGGAGAUUGCUGAAGACAACAGAUUUUUUCCUGAACAGUCCAAGAAUAUUUCUGAAGAAAAUCAGUAUUUCCUGUCUUCUUUGGUCAGCAAUGUCAGAUUCUCAGAUACUUUACGAAUUCUGACCUGUGACACAUCUCAGAAUGAACAGAAGCGAGUUGAGUAUUUUAACAAUACCAGCAAUAAAGCAGGAAACAUUGAAGGUUUUCAUUGUUCACCCUACCCUGAAAUUGACCAGUUUGUUCUUUCUUUGGUGAAUAAAAAUGGCAUUAAAGGAGGAAUUCGACACUGGAGCUACUUUUUCCCAGAGGAAUUACUGGUUUAUGAUAUUUGUAAAUAUCGCUGGUGCAGAAACAUCGGGAGGGCCCACAAGAGCAAUAAUAUCAUGAUUUUGGUUGAUCUGAAAAAUGAAGUUUGGUAUCAGAAAUGUCAUGACCCUGUCUGUAAAGCAGAAAACUUCAGAUCGGACUGUUUUCCGUUACCUGCUGAAGUGAGUCUCCUGUAUCUUCUCAAAGAGGAAGAAGAGUUCGCAGCAGCUGAAACAAUGAACAGUGACACCGGAAGUGCUCAGAAGCCACCACUGGGCCUGUCGUCAGAAGGUGCCGUUUCCGACGCCGACUGGGACGAUGGCCUUGACGAGACUGACUUUGUGGAAGCUACUGAAGAUGCUGAACUAGCCGAAGCCGCGGAGAGCGGGCUCCUCGGCUACUGCGGGGGGCAGGAGGACAUUCCCGAUGAGCUCAUCGUGCAGGUAUUACGAGAGUAGCUCAUUAACCCUGGGCUCUUAGGUAACCGCCGUGAUUGGGCCUGACGACGAUUUAGGGACCGAAGCCUUAUUAAACCUGUUAAUGAAAACCAA